GAAGGCGUGGCCGCGCGUACGGAGAGGACGGCGGGUCGGGCCCCCGCGCUCGGCCUCUGGGGCGCGCUCACAGGCGCUCGUGCUGGGCUCGCUGCGGGAGCGCGCUCACCGCGGAGCCGCGCUUGCUGCCCUAUCCCUACCCCUCAGUGUCCGCGCCCUGAGGCCCAGCCAGGAAGCGGCUGGGCCGGAGGCCUAGGUAGGGCCCCGGGCGGCAUGGGCGUGGGAAGCCCGAGGCCUGGCCCUAGCCGGCGCCGUCGCCGGCGCGGCCCCGUGGAAGCCGGAAGCCCGCCGUGACCCCACUGACCCGGGCUGUUCUCGGUUUGCUCAGCACGUAGUGGAAAUCGAAAGUGCCGACGAGGCGCUAUCAUGGAAGCACUAAUUGAAGAUGACAUCUGUAUUCUGAACCAUGAAAAGACUCAGAGAAGAGAUGCUGUGACUCCUAUGUCAAUCUAUACAGGAGAUGAAUCUAUGGCUUCACAUUUUGCCCUUGUCACUGCAUAUGAGGACAUCAAAAAAAGACUUAAGGAUUCAGAGAAAGAAAAUUCCCUCCUAAAGAAAAGAAUAAGAUUUCUGGAAGAAAAGCUUCUUGAAACACGAUUAGAUGAAGAAACCAGUUCAGUGGGAAGAGAAAGAGUAAAUAAGGCCUAUCAUGCUUAUCGAGAGGUCUGCCUGGACAGAGAUAAUUUGAAAAGCAAAUUGGAUAAAAUGAAUAAAGACAACUCUGAAUCUUUGAAAGUAUUAAAUGAACAGCUACAGACUAAGGAAGUAGAACUCCUUCAGCUCAGGACAGAGGUUGAGACUCAGCAAGUUAUGAGGAACCUAAAUCGACCUUCAUCAAACUGGGAGGUGGAAAAGUUGAGCAGUGGCCUAAAGAUCCAUGGUUUGGAACAGGAGCUGGAGCUAAUGAAAAAGGAAUGUAGUCGUCUAAAAGUGGAGCUACAGAAAGCCAAACACAAGGAUCAGUCUCAGGAAGACAAUCUCAAUAAAACGGACUUCCAAAGGCCAAGCAUUCCAAGUGAUAACAUCCACCAUGCCUACCGGGAACUGAAGAGAGAAAUGUCUAAUUUACAUCUUGUGACUCAAGUGCAAUCUGAACUACUAAGAAAAUUCAGAACUCCAUCUACAAUCAAGAAAGCUUGUGCUCCAGUCCAGUGUGUUGAAGACCUCGUGAAGGACUGUACAAAAUUACAUUUGACAUCUUUAACUGCAACCUACAAAAGACAUGCUCCUCUUUCGCCAAAUGGCAAAGUUCUCUGUAGUCCCAUGGGCUCCCCUUUGCCUGGAGAUACAAAGAUUUUAUUAGAGAGAGCCAGUCUCCAGUCAUGGGCAGAUAACGAGAGAGUCAUUCCAAGUGGUGGCACAAACUUUCAGGAACAGAAUUCCUGUGGCAGAAGUUCUUUAGAAGACAAUUCGUGGGUAUUCCCAAGCCCGCCAAAAUCCAGUGAGACAGUAUUUGGGGAAGGUAAAAGUAAAACAUCAUCCUCUAACCUGCAGCACCUGGAUCAACAUAAUCAAAACUGCCUUUACAAGAACUAAUUCAGAAGACAGUCAUGGCCUCUUGGGAAGAGCUGUCAGCUUCGGGAGGGACCUUUCCUGGUGAAUGAACUGAAAGUAGAUUUGGAUGAUUCCAUUGUGGCAUGGUGUCCUGUGACCAUCCUCAAUUUCCAGAACACUUGAAUUUGCACAAAGGAUCCUGCAAUCAUGUAGAUAAGGGUGUUUCUUUCAGUAUAGAGUAAAAUAGCUGUGCUAAUCAGCUCUAUUUUAGCUCAGUAUAGACACAUGCACUACUUAAUAAACAACAGAGAUUCCUUUAGUGUUUUUAAAAGACAACUCUACCUUUGAUAACAGUGGCUGUAGACUUAGGCAUCUCAGAUAAAGAAAAGGGAUAGAACUAGUUUUUGAGCUUGAGUUCAGAAAUAUAGGACCAAGAUUUAUAAGGUGUCUAAAUCAUAAAUAUGUUUCACUCACAAGAGUAGAAAGGUUGAUGGGAGUUUGGGUUCAAAUCAUGUAAAUUACAUUUUAAAAAAGACUAAGGGAACAAGCAACUAAUAAAAUGUAUUUCAAUUCCCA